AAAGAGAAGGAUAAAAUGAAAACAACUUUCAAAGCACUUAUUGGACAUUCUUCCUCAAAAUCAAGGGAUGGGGAAUCCUCUCAACGAAGCACUCCGAAAAGAGACAAAAAUAAAAAAUUAACAGAUAGUGAGAGAGGAAGACGCUCUUUUUCUUGUGAAAUGGUUGUUAAUACUCCUAAUCAUUGCCAGAAAGCUCAAAGUAUAAACCAAAUAAAUGUUGCACAUUGUCAACAACCACAACAAAAUCUUAUUACUUCCUCAAAUUCACUUAUUUGUGGCUCUUCACUUUCUGUUCAAUCAACAAAUCCUCCCUCUACUCCAGCAUUAAGAGGACGUUCACCUUCUGCUGCAAGUAGUAUUUGUUCGAAGGUUUUUAUAGAUCUUUGA